AUGAAGCCUUCGACUGACAUCGAUCUUCCCCAAGAAGCCAUAGAUGAAUAUCGUAGGGUUUUCAAACUCAUCGACAGAGAGAAUCGAGGUGUGCUCAAUCCGUACGAAAUAGGCGUGCUCAUGCGAGCUCUUGGCCUUUCACCAACAGAGGACGAAUUGAAGCAAAUUAUGGACGACUACGACCUUACCAACAGAAAGGGUAUCACGAUUGACGAAUUCCUCGAGGUCAUGACUCGGCGCACCCACUGCACAGGUCUGGGUAAGGACCUUUUGAAAGCCUUUCAACUCUUCGACCGAGACGGCAAUGGUUACCUAUCCGUUCGAGAACUACGAGAAAAGCUCUGCUCGGCUGGCGAUGCACCAUUUAGUGCGAAAGAGUUCGACGAUUUCUUAGCUGGAGUAACGAUUACGUCCGAUGAACAGCUUGAAUACCACCAUUUGGUUGAUCUCAUGAUGCGUAAACCCUCAUGA